CUUUCACGCGAACACUCGAAGAUCGACGAUACAGGAUCUAAUAAACCUAUUCGUUCUCCUCUCGAUCGACCAUCGACACUGUAUCCACAAUCUCGUUUAUUUUAAGGUGUGCAAAAAAGCUUGCGCGACAAACUCUUCUUUGUUGAAAAUUGAAGAACAAGUGAUGAAAUCGACAAAAGAUUACAACUAGAAAAAAAAAGGAAAAAUUAAGAAAAAAAUAAUUUUUUUUAAUUAUAAUAAUAAUUAUAAUGGAGAAAUUUUGAAAAAUUAGCACGAAUAUUUAUAAUUAUAUGUAAUAUUCCAAUGUAAAAGUUCUUGGGAAUCAUACUAGUUCGCGUGUUUUUUUCGAGGAUAUUUGAGCAAAUGCGUUUUAAAAAAUUGGUACAUGAUGUAACGACUCGAUUUUUCUAUCGAGGAGUCCAUGUUAUCCUGCAUUCCUCGUUUGUGAAUCUGCAAUCAUUUGUAACAACCGGAAGAAAGCUUCAUGAAACUCUUCGUGUACCCAUCAGAUGCAAGUGUAUUACUAUGAAGCCGAAAAAAUUAGGAAUCAUUGGUGGUUCGUUACUUGCUUUUGGAAUUUUGAUCUGUGCAAUUGCCUUUCCUCCAUUUUUGAAGUCACAAGUGAAAAAACAAAUAGCCUUGAAAGAUGGAUCCGAGAUGCGGGAAUUAUGGUCCAAUUUCCCUGUCCCUUUGGACUUUAAAAUUUAUCUUUUCAACGUGACGAAUCCCAUGGAAAUUACAGCGGGAGAGAAACCAAUUCUCGAGGAAGUAGGACCAUUUUUUUACGACGAAUACAAACAAAAGGUGGAUCUGGUCGAUCGAGAAGAAGACGACAGUUUGGAGUACAACUUGAAAGCGACAUGGUUCUUCAAUCCAUCUCGAAGCGAAGGAUUGACCGGUGAGGAAGAGCUGGUCGUUCCUCACGUUCUUAUUCUGAGCAUGAUCAAACUCACCCUCGAACAACAACCAGCCGCCAUGGGGAUUCUCAAUAAGGCUGUGGAUAAUAUUUUCAAGAAACCUAGUUCUGUCUUCAUAAGAGCGAAGGCCAGGGAAAUACUUUUCGACGGUUUACCAGUUGAUUGCACGGGAAAAGAUUUCGCCACGAGUGCAAUUUGCAGCGUUUUGAAAGAAAAGGACGACGCUUUAAUAGCCGAUGGACCAGGACGUUACUUGUUCUCACUUUUCGGCCCUAAAAAUGGCACCGUUCUUCCUGAACGUAUUCGAGUGUUGCGGGGUAUAAAAAAUUACAAGGACGUGGGGAAGGUAACCGAAGUCAAUGGAAAAACGAAAUUGGAUAUUUGGGGAGAGGGUAAUUGCAACGAAUUCAAUGGCACAGACUCAACGAUCUUCGCGCCAUUGCUCACGGAACAAGACGAGAUUGUCUCAUUUGCUCCUGACAUUUGCAGAAGCAUGGGGGCUCGUUUCGAUUCAUACACACAAGUCAAAGGCAUCAACACGUACCAUUACAAAGCUGAUUUGGGCGACAUGAGUUCAAAUCCGGAGGAGAAGUGUUUCUGUCCCACGCCAGAUUCUUGUUUAACGAAAAAUCUCAUAGAUUUGACCAAGUGCGUAGGUGCUCCGCUUAUAGCUUCCCUCCCACAUUUACUUGGCGCGGAAGAAAAGUAUCUAAAAAUGGUGGAUGGACUUCAUCCGAACGAGGAAGAACACGGAAUCGCCAUGGACUUCGAACCAAUGACAGCUACUCCUUUAAGCGCGCACAAGAGGCUACAAUUUAAUUUAUAUCUUCACAAAGUUGAAAAGUUCAAAUUAAUGAAAAACUUCCCGGAAUGUUUAUUCCCAAUAUUCUGGGUCGAGGAAGGAAUAUUGCUCGGUGAUGAAUUCGUGAAGAAAUUGAAGACCGUGUUCAAGACAAUAAGUAUAGUCGGAUUUAUGAAAUGGUUCACAAUAGUAAGUGGUACUUGCGUGAGUGGAGCAGCUGCUGCGUUAUUCUUCAAGAACAAAGAUAAAAAUAAACUUGAUAUCACAAAGGUAACACCGCAAAAAAGUGGAGAGAAGAAAUGGCCUAAUCAGAUGACUAUCAGUACGAUACAAAGUGCAGCAGUACCGCCUAAUCUCGACGCGGAUUAAAUGUAUUCGUUGGUUUUACAUAUUUUGUUUUUACAUAUUUGUUGAAAGUAAGAACAAUUUUGAGUAAGAACGGAGACUUGUGUUUUAUAAGUAUAAAUGAAUCAUUUUUAAACGGAUCAUUAUUGAAUUGUAACGCCUCAAAAUAUUUGCAUAUAGUGCAAUAAUAAUUAUGGAUCAUAGUGUAUAUUAGAAGAUUUGAUAUAACAAUUAUUAGAUCAUUCUGGCUAGUAUGAGUCAUUUAAAAAGUGAUGGCUGUGCACUUAUAACAUAUUUCGUGCAAAUAUUUCGAUCUAUUUUAAAGAAGCUAGAAAGAAAUUGAAAAAAAAAGAGAAUAAGGAAAUGGGAGAAAAAGAAAGGAUACAAACGAAGUAUUUCUUCACUUAUAAUCUAUUUUAAUUUUGCUCAAUUGAAUUUAUUAUAUCGAAUAUUGAAAUAAAAUUUAAAUCAUCAAAUAAUAAGAUGAUUCUUUUGGAUAUUGAAUAAUUUGAAAUAUUAUAAAUUUAAUAUAAUUAAGCAAAUUGGUUAAAUUAGCAUAUUAUUUUUUUUUAUAAAAAUUGAUAAGAAUUUAAAUUCAAUUAUACAAUAAUAAUAAAAAUUAAUUUCCAUUUUCUAAUUAUUUUUUUGUAACAUAAUUUUUUUAUUAUAGUUAGUAGAUAUAUUAUAUUACUUAAUUACUGUAGUCUUUUGUGUGCAUUUAUUUAAAUUCGAUAAAAUAAUGUAAAUGUAAACAGUAUACCUAUUGUUUUAUUAAUAAAUAUUUUUAACGAAGAUGAAAGAUCUCUUAUAGUUUAUGAAUUAUUAUUAAUUAUGAAUUAAAUCGUAAAUCUUAGUUUUUAUUAUAUUUUUAAUAGGUACGUUGUUAAAUUUUUUUAUUAUUUGUUGUUGAAUGUUAUUGGUAUUGUAUUGGUACUGUAUAUGUAAUUAAAAUGUACAUUAAAUUGUAAGAAUGAAUAAAUAAUAUUUUUUUUAACGAAA